CCAGGGGGGGCAGCCCCUCACCCUUUGCUGCGUCCCCCCCAGUCCCUGUCCAUCAAGACCUCGUCGCUGGCCGAGGCGGAGAACAUGGCAGACCUCAUCGACGGCUACUGCCGGCUGCAGGGGGGCCUGGAGACCUCCCUCAUCGUCUUCCCCAGGAGAGAGAGGGAGAAGAGGAGCAGCCUGCCACGGAUCCCCAGCCCGCACCUGGAGGAGCGGCACUCGGUGCUGGCCGACAGCGUGAGCGUGGACUCCGAUAUUUACGCUGAAAUCCCCGACGAGUCCUCAAGACCCAGGUCUGGAGUGCAGCACUACGGGAUCUGCCGGGAGGACGUGACGCUGGGCAGGAUCCUGGGGGAAGGCUUCUUCGGAGAGGUGUACGAGGGCACCUACACCAACGCGAAGGGGGAGCGGGUCAACGUGGCCGUGAAGACCUGCAAGAAGGACUGCAGCCCCGAGAACAAGGACAAGUUCCUGAGCGAGGCGGUGCUGAUGAAGAAGCUGGACCACCCGCACAUCGUGAAGCUGAUCGGCAUCGCGGAGGAGGAGCCCACCUGGAUCAUCAUGGAGCUCUACCCCUACGGGGAGCUGGGGCAGUACCUGGAGCAGAACAAGCACUGCCUCGCCAUGCCCACGCUCAUCCUGUACGCGCUGCAGAUCAGCAAGGCCCUGGCGUACCUGGAGGCCAUCAACUGCGUGCACAGGGACAUCGCCGUGAGGAACAUCCUGGUGGCCUCCCCGGAGUGCGUGAAGCUGGGCGACUUCGGGCUCUCCAGGUACAUCGAGGACGAGGAGUACUAUAAAGCCUCCGUCACCCGUCUCCCCAUCAAGUGGAUGUCCCCCGAGUCCAUCAACUUCCGACGCUUCACGACAGCCAGCGACGUCUGGAUGUUCGCCGUGUGCAUGUGGGAGAUCCUGAGCUACGGCCGGCAGCCCUUCUUCUGGCUGGAGAACAAGGACGUGAUCGCCGUGCUGGAGAGGGGCGACCGCCUGCCCAAGCCCGACCUCUGCCCGCCCGUCCUCUACACCCUCAUGACGCGCUGCUGGGACUACGACCCCAGCGAGAGGCCCAAGUUCAAGGACCUGGUCUGCAGCUUGAGCGACAUUUACCUGAUGGAGAAGGAGCUGGCCAAAGAGCAGGAGCGGAACAACCGCCACCGGCCUCCCAAAAUCUUGGAGCCGCCGUCCUUCCAGGAGCCUCCCCCCAAGCCCAGCAGACCCAGGUACAAACCUCCGCCCCAGAACAACCUCCUGGCUCCCAAGCUGCAGUUCCAGGUGCCCGAGGGUCUGUGUGCCAGCUCGCCCACGCUCACCAGCCCCAUCGAGUACCAGUCUCCGGCCAGCUCCCUGCACACCCCGCCGCUCAACCGCCACAACGUCUUCAAGCGCCACAGCAUGCGGGAGGAAGAUUUCCUCCGUCCCAGCAGCAGGGAGGAGGCGCAGAAGCUGUGGGAGAUGGAGCGGCUGAAGAUGCGGCAGGUCCUGGACAAGCAGCAGAAGCAGAUGGUGGAGGACUACCAGUGGCUGCGGCAGGAGGAGAAGUCCCUGGUGAGUGCCAUCGGGAUGGGGUCGGGAUUUCAGACGGGUGCUCCCAGCUCUGGCACCCUUGUGAAGGGGGUGGCGUACCCACAGCUUGCUUUUUGUGGUUCAGUUGCGAUGCAAAAGCCCUGCUGCGGGGCUCACGUUCCUCCAGAACGGCUCCGUCACCAGCCCGCCUGCGCCCCUUUGUCUUCUGCACUU